CCUCACACUGUAGUAUUCAGCUUGUAUCAGCUACAGGUGUAAUUUACCUGCUGUGUUUGACAUAGGAUACGAUAUAGGACAACGUUUCUACAACUACAAGAAAGCAACUCCGAAGAGCAGGAGCAAACUGCAUCCUGAGAUUUUGAAAGCACAUCUGACUAAACAAAACUGAAGUAUACUGCUCCCUUCAGAAGUCAUUACAGAAGAUCGUGACAGGGAUUUCUUAAAGAAAAUGGCUUCCAAACAUUCUCUCCAAGAAGAGGAUUUCUUCUGUCCAGUGUGCAGUGACAUCUUCCAGGAUCCUGUAAUCCUGUCAUGUAGCCACAGCUUUUGUAAAGUCUGUCUCAAAAAAUUCUGGAAACAAAAGGAAUCUCUGGAAUGUCCAGUUUGCAGUAGAAUAUCCUCAACGGAAGAACCUCAUUGUAACCUAAUUUUAAAGAAACUGUGUGAGGCCUUCUCAGAGGGGAAGAGUCAGAGAGAUUCAGCAGGAUCUGAAGGGCUAUGCAGUCUGCACCACGAAAAACUCAAACUCUUCUGUCUGAAUGAUAAACAGCCAGUGUGUUUUGUGUGUCAUACCUCUAAAAAACAUGCAAACCACAAGUUCUGUCCCAUGGAUGAAGCUGCACAGGAUUUUAAGGUAGAGGUCUUAUAAUAACAUUACCACAACAUAAUUUUGCUGACAUUUUACACCAGCAGAUAAAGCAAUGUUAGUGCUUAAUUUCCCAUCAUACCUACAAACUCCGGUGUCCUUAUGGACAGCAUGUUUGUAUGGUAGAAUUGGUGAGUGUUUCAUUCCCCACUCCUGUAGGUGGAUAUUUCAUGUUUGUUCUAGGUUCUUAUGACACGUUUUAUGCCGUUGAAAGUAACUACACACUAAUAAUCAGUAAUCUGAUUCAUACAAAGUAAUAAAAUCUGGUUGACUCUCUUCAAUGCAGUGUCAAUUUUCAAUUCCAGGAGGAACUCAAGACUUCAUUGAAGCCCUUACAGAAGAAGUUUGAGAUCUUCCAUAGGGUGAAACUAACCUGCCAUCAAACAGCAACCCAUAUUAAGGUGAGAAUGUGGACUUAUGUUGUCUAAUGCUACAGUGCAGUUGAACUGUACCUGAAUGCCUUUGUGCAUUUGUGGAUUGAUUGUGAGAAUUGCUGUGGUAAUAAUAAUAUUUCACAUAUUCCUCUCACUGUCUGCAGCUACAAGCAGAGGACACAGAAAGGCAGAUUAAGGAGGAGUUUGAGAAGCUUCACCAGUUGCUUCGAGAGGACGAGGUAGCCAGAUUAGCUACUCUGAAGGAAGAAGAGGAGCAGAAGAGUCAGAUGAUGAAGAAGAAGAUUGAGGAGAUGAUCGGAGGGUUAUCAUCACUUUCAGACACAAUCAAAGCAGUAGAGGAGGAGCUGAAAGCAGAAGACGUCACAUUCCUUCAGGUGAAAAACAAUAACUCAAUAAUAAGCAGAAAUUAUUUGAGAUACGUUUAUUGAUGAACUGAUUUCACGUCAUCUCACACCCACAUGUAGGAUUUGGCACGUUAUUUUGGGGUCCCUCCAAUACGUAUUAUUUGUUACAUCCUUCCAAUUCGUAUGAUACAGUAUCAUACGUCUUAAACAACAGUCACUGUUGCUUUAGCAUUUGUCGCUAAAGUUAGUUGUAAGGGUUAGGGGUUGAGGGUUAGAUAACAUGCUUCAUAGUUGUAAAACGCUAUGGUUGUAGUUAGCAAUAGGUGCUAAUCAGAUAAAAUGCUACUUUCGUGUCUGUUUUAAGUAACCCAAUCAUUUGUAACAUAUCAUACGUAUUGGCUCUGAGGCCAGGCUGGAUUACAUGUCAUGUGUUAUCAUCCUUUAUUAUUAAUUUGGUAUUUUAUUAUUCUGCAGAACUACAAGGUCACAGUGAAAAGGUAAGUGAUCUGCCUCUUCGCUCUCUCUUCUCUGUGGUUCCUAACCUAGGGUGCCAAGGUUAUUCUUAACCCAACCCCACAGUUGAACUGACUCCUGAAUAUUCUUCCAGAGCCCAGUGCACACUGCCGGAUCCGAAGAGGGUUUCAGGAACACUGAUCCAUGUGGCUAAGCACCUUGACAACCUGCACAGAUUUUGUGGGAAGAUGCAGGACAUUGUUCAAGUGUUUGCUCACUACAGUGAGUAUAAUUGUAUUGUUGCAAUUGACAAGAUGUUCAGUUACUAACCAUAGUUAAUACAUAAUGCUACUUGAUGCAAGUGUGAAACGUUGCUUGGCCCUGGCCUAAGCCCAACAUUUUCUGUUUGAAAACCUCCUAUAGAAUCUCUGUUCUCUCUGUUUAGCUGCUGUGACUCUGGACCCCAAGACUGCCCACCCAUCUCUCAUCUUGUCUGAUGAUCUGACCACUGUGAGACUUGGUGAUGGGACGCAGAAGCAUCCUGACAACCCAGAGAGGUUUGAUAACAAUAGAAUGGUCCUGGGCUCUGAGGGCUUUAACUCAGGGACACACAUCUGGGAUGUUGAGGUUGGGGACAGUGUAGGCUGGACCCUGGGUGUGGUUACAGAGACUGUCCCGAGGAAGGGAGGAAUGCGCAGUGGACUCUGGGGUCUAAAUUAUAAAGCAGGGGAAUACAGGGCAUAUUCCCUACCAAAUUCAACCAUUCCCUUCACGUUGGGCCUGAGACCGCAGAGGAUCCGAGUGCAGCUGGACUGGGACAGAGGAAAGCUGUCAUUCUAUGACCCUUUUAGUAACUCACACCUACACACAUUCACACACACUUUCACUGAGAGAGUCUUUCCCUGCCUUGGUAAUCGCUGUAAAUGCCAGCCUCUGAAGAUCUUGUCAUGGCCUCUGUAA